UAUCUGUGGGCAGUAAGCUGAGGGGCCCAGACCGCCAAGCCUGUUAGCAGUGACAUGUUGGGGCUCCUGCUGCUCGGGGCCUUGAUACUAGGGCUCAACCCUGCUGGCGACACCCGCACCCCCAGCGUCUAUGACGAGACCUCCGAGGACUGGAGCACAGGUGUGGCUGAUGACCACCCAGAGGUGACGGCCCCGCACCCGCCCUGCCCGCGCAGCUUCCCCGGCCGCCUCUGCUCCAACGACAGCAACACCCUGCUACUGCCGGACAGCUCACAGACGCUCCUGCUAGGCUGGGUGCCAACGCGCCUGGUGCCCGUGCUCUAUGCGCUGGCUUUGACUCUCGGGGUGCCGGCUAACGGGCUGGCGCUGUGGGUGCUAGCCACGCGCGUGCCGCGCCUACCCUCUACACUGCUGCUCGCGAAUCUGGCGGCCGCCGACCUGCUGCUGGGCCUGGCACUGCCGCCACGCAUCAUCUACCAUCUGCGCGGCCAGCGCUGGCCCUUUGGCGAGGCUGCCUGCCGCCUGGCCACAGCCGCGCUCUACGGCCACAUGUACGGCUCACUGCUGCUGCUGGCUGCUGUUGCCCUUGACCGCUACCUGGCCGUAGUGCACCCGCUGCGCGUCCGCGCUCUGCGCGGCCUGGGUCUGGCCACCGGGCUCUGCGCCGCCGCCUGGCUGGCGGCCACCGCGCUGUCGCUGCCUCUCGCACUGCAGCGACAGACCUUCUGGUUGGCCGGCGCGGGCUCGGACCACCACCUGCUAUGCCACGACGCGCUGCCACAAGAAGCGCAGCUCUCGCACUGGCGGCCUGCCUUCGCCUGCCUGGCGCUGCUUGGCUGCUUUACGCCGCUGCUUGCCAUGGUGCUGUGCUACGGCGCUACGCUGCGCGCGCUGGCCGCCGGCGGCAGGCGCUAUGGUCAUGCGCGGCGCCUGGCAGCCCUUGUGCUGGCCUCGGCCCUGGCCUUCUUCGUGCCCAGCAAUGUGCUGCUGCUACUGCACUACUCGGACCCCGGACCGCGCGCCUGGGGCAACCUCUACGCCGCCUAUCUGCCCAGCCUGGCGCUCAGCACCCUCAACAGCUGCGUGGACCCCUUCGUCUACUACUAUGUAUCGGCCGAGUUCCGUGAAAAGGUGCGCCAUGCGCUCCGUCGACUGGCGCCUGGAAACGCUGGCGGGAGUUCCAAGGCCUCCGGGGAAGGGGGCGGUGCGGGGACCGGCACCCCCUCUACUUCGUUGGUGUGAC